UUUAAGGAUUUGCCAUACGAAGUUCUGAUAAACAUAUUUUGCCAAGAAGGACUGUCUGGUGAUCAAAGAUGGAAAUAUGUUAAUAAGCAAUGUUUAGACAUGUACCGCAUCAUAUACCUCAAAAGUACUACCACCAAAUUCGGCCGAAAUGAUUUGAUGUUAGAUACAAUACUUCAUUCUCCAUUUCAGCCAGGUCUAUGGAUAAAGACAGUGAUUCUAGACACAACUGAUUUUACUGUAAACAAUGAUAGUAUUCGCACAUUAAGAGAAAUCUUCCAAAAGUUUAUUUCAAGGUGUCCUCAUGUUACUUGGGUUUGUCUGCACGCGCAUCACUUUCGGGUGUGGUCAUGUUUUACAAAGGUACUAUUACUCAACAAUACCUGGGGUAAACUAGAACACUUCGAAGCGCCAUAUAGUUCAAAUAGGCUAGAAUAUGGAUGUUAUCUAAAAUGUGCUUUCCAUUUAAGAGAAACACUUUCAUCGUUCUAUCUAGCUCGAAGGGCUAUCCAGAAUAAUCGAAAAAAUAUUUUGGGAUUACAAGGCUUCAAUUCAUUGGAAACGUUAGUUAUUGAUCAAGAAGUAGUAGAUGACAAACGUGACCGUAAAAUUAUUUCCGGAACCUUAUCCCCCAACUUUUCAAGAUUGGAUAUCAGGAUGACUAGAAUGAGAGAUAAACCAUUAUUCCAAAAAACCAAUGUCUUUGAGGAUGGCGCAUUUUCUGCUGUAGAAGAAUUAAUUAUCGAAGGGUUUGAAGCAUACUGUGAUCAUGUGGUUCUAAGAUUAAUCAAGGAGUUCCCUGGGGUUCGGCAGCUUAAUUUAUACAACACGGAUUUACGAUUACGAGAAUAUCAUCUUAGCAAGCCUGUUAUGAAAAUGUUUUUAGAAUAUAUUCAUCGUGUAUCAUUUGCCCACGUUGAAUUUUAUAGUUCUGAUAAUAUUGCUUCAAUUCUUCAAAGCUAUUACGAAUAUCACAAUGAGUCUAAAUUGCAAAAUAAGAUGGGUGCUAUCGACAGUGCAGCUUACCUAAAUGUUAAAUACGACGCUACGAACACGGUGGCAAUUCAAAUUCGAAAUGGCCAAUCAAACUUAAUGGUUAGGCUCACAACUGAUCACAAUUAUACAUGGAACCUACAUAAUUCAAUCAUAGAAGAAAUAUGCAUUGUAAAGGCAGGAACGUGGUCUUCGUUUGACAUGCAAAAUAUAAUAGCUAACAACCGAAGCCUGUGUUACUUAACUAUACAAGACACAUUAAUUGAUAUUCAUGAAUCUGGUUUGGCCAAUAGGCAAUCUAAAAUCGUAUAUUUGGAGCUGGAAAAUGUCACUUUUAGACCUGGAGCUUUAGCUACCGUAUCCUUUGACUUGCCGCAUUUGGAACAUCUCUACUUGUACUAUAGUAGUUUUAACAAGCAAACAAAUCCACAAGUUUUACUGUUCGACUUUCCCAAUACCACUGUUGAUUCUUUCGAAUUCGAAAUUAAUUGGACUUGGAAUAACUCAUUUAUAGAUUUCUCACUUCAUAUAUCCAUUGGCGAUUACCCAUUUACCAGAUAUGUGAGCUGUGUUGAACAAGAAUUGAUGUCUGAGAUUAGUGGUAGAACAUUUAUAUCAAUAUCAAACUCAGGGAUAAUGGUCUUAUAUGUUUAUCUCAAGUCUGCCAAACAGUUUGUAAUAUCUGCCCCACGAAACCGCCGAUUGAUAGUUUCCUUCGAUUAGAUUCAAUUUGUAACACUCAUCAGCAGUAUGUUUCCUCCUAUUCUUAGGCUUGGUUUUAAUAAAUAAAAUACUUUAUACGAAUGCUAUCUUAUCAACAA